GUUAGACCAAAGCAGCAUUAGAUCUCGCCACUCACCGCACAAGUCCCUAUCCAAUGAACCCCACACUCUGACCAGAGAGACCUCUCUGGCUCUGCCCAUACCCGCCAACAUACCCAUUAUACUCCCCUCCCCCAAAUGCCCAAACCCCCUCUUCCUCCCUUUCCUUCUUUUUCUCCCCACCAACGCCCCACAACAUGGCUCACCAUACCACGCAGCGGCGCAACUUAGCAAACCCAGAACCACCCAAGCCAUCCAUGGAUCCCACUCUCAAAAAGCACCCCAAACCCACCACCACCCACCACCAGAUAAGAGCAAAACCAGAUACCCCUAUACCCUCUAAACCCUCUUCCAUGUCCCACCACAUUUCAAGAUUAAACCCAUAUCACCAAGUCCGUACACCCCAAAAGCCAAUUUUGGUAGACACUCGUUUGCAGGCCAAAGCCAUGACAGUUUCUAUGGUGGAUUCCUCCAAGUUUUCCCUAGCCAGGCCGAAGCUAGAAAGGGAGAGUAAAGCGACAAAGGAUGUUUCUAAAGGCAAGUUGGAGAGAUCGUCCAAAGAAUUGGAUAAGAAGCUUAAUGUGGUGAAGGUGAAUGAUAAAAGGAAAGAACUUGAUGACGGGUUUGAUUUUGAGGGAUUGUCAGAGAAACUGAAGGAUAUAGAACUGGAGGAUCUUCAAGAUGGGCAUGAUGGUAAGAGACCGUCGGUUUCAUUGGCUAUGAGAGGCGGCAGAAGGAGGUCUUUCUGUGGCUCACGGGUGGAGCUAGCAGAUGUCUUUGCAAGCACUGGUGUCAAAGUGGUUUCAGUUGAUAUGCCACCGUUUAUGCAGAUCCAUGCUGCAGAUUGUGCAAGAAAGGCUUGCGACAGUCUAGAAAAGUUGUCCUCCAAGACGCUUGCCUUAACUAUCAAGAAGGAAUUUGAUGGGGUGUAUGGGCCAGCCUGGCAUUGUAUUGUGGGGACAAGUUUUGGUUCUUUUGUGACACAUUCAGUUGGUGGGUUUAUGUAUUUCUCAGUGGAUCAAAAGUUGUAUAUCCUCAUGUUUAAGACCACUGUACAAAGAGCAGAAUGAUUUAGAUGAUUAGGAACAAUUGGCAGAUAAACUAUUUUUAGAAUAGGAAGUUUUGGAAGGCUAAGGGUAGUUACCCUCCUUCUGUGUGCACUGUGAUUAUACAUGGCUUUUGUUCAGGAAAACAGAUGGAAGUUUCUCUUUUCUUUUUGUUUAAGGACCUUUUCUAAGUGGUCUAAGACAGUACUUUCUUUGUAAUUGCUGGGGUUUAGUAAUAGAGAAUUCCUUUUUACCUGGCCACAUGUUGGGAGAUAAGUGGUCCGGGAAUUU